UGGCCUGCAAGGACUGUACCGCGCCAACCUUUUUUCUGUGCGUGCGAUGUUUUCACUUUCGUCAUUUUGACCGGACCAGUUUGAUUUGACGUCGCUCGCGCACGGACGUGCCUAGGAUUGGACGUUGUGAUUAUCCUCUCUGUGAUCGUAGCGCUGGUGCUUCGGAUAGUUUAAUGUUUUUAUUAUUUGUAUUUUGUGUGAAUAUGGCUGUGAUAAAGUGCUAAUAUGUUUGAUAGUAACCUUCUUUUGAAUUUAUACAAUGAGAUUACUAAUAGAAGUGCGCUACAGUUGGCAAGUGCUGGAAUGAUGGGCGAGGGCCUGCUGACCUUGACGUACGGCAAGCACCACGCCUGCAUCCUGAACGAGGUGGGCGCGGCGUGGCGCGGCGCCAGGUACUCCGACCUGGUGCUGGUCUGCGACGACGCCGUGCCCCUCGCGGCGCACAGAAUCGUCAUGGCCGCUGCUAGUCCUCUCAUCAGGAAAAUCCUCGACGAUACACCAUCAGUCGAGAAUCCGGUCACGAUUCACAUGUCGGGCAUCAACAGCACUCUCAUGAGGCACCUACUUGUUUUUCUCUACAGCGGCCAAGCUUACAUCGAGUCCGGCGAAAUAGAUGAUAUGCAAGAGCUGUUCGAAUUAUUAGAAAUUAAAUCGGACGUGUGGAAAUCAACGAAAGAACGUCAGCAAGCCGAAGAAAGGAAUAGGUCGUGUGAAAGAAAAGCAAAAAACCUCAAAACAGAUAUAAACAGCAAUGAAAGCAGUAAACACGAUGCGCCGUCUGGAUCCUCACAUUCAGAAAGUGAACGGGUCACACCGAGCGCAGGUUACAGUAAAGACAAAGACAAAGGAGACGCAGAAUCGCUAAGUAUAAAAAAAGAAAGUAUGUCAACUAGCAGUAAUGAUGAAAGGGAAGAUGAAGACGGAGAAAACAAAGAAUGUGGCAGAUUGACGGCACGGCGGCGGAGCUCCUCUAAUCCUGUCAAUCUAUCUCUCGCACGAAAUUCAGUAAACACAGGCAGUGAACAUGACGACUCACAAGACGUAGAUGUAGAAACAGUAGCAGCAAAGAAUAUAUCUCGCCGGAGAUCAACUUCAUCAAGUCAAGACGAUCAACCACAAGAAACGGUUUACAGGCGGCAGUUGCUCAAUGAUCGGAUAGGUCGGGGGAUUGAGAGAGCAAAAAGAAAAUCACAUUAUUUGGAACCACCCGAAUUGGAUUUACGUACUGUUAAAUUAGAAGAUUACGCACACCUUAAACCGCCCGAUCAAGAUCUUAUGUCAUUGGUACAGACGUCUCCAGAAAAUUAUGUAGUCACACCACAUCGGAAAAGAAGACCCGGCUUCCAUAAUUCACCUUCGCAAAAUCCCCCGUUUGUUUCAUUUCCACCAAGCUACUUAGAAGAAAUGGCUCACCUACGGUAUACUCAAGUACCGGCUACGGCUGCGGCUGUAGCGGCUAGUCGUCUAGGAGCAUUACAUUCACUAAGCGCAUCAGCACCUCCAUAUUUACCAGAUCGAAGCCUAACACCCCCAACAGCCACACAUGAAGAAGCGUUAAAGUAUAGACCGCCCAGCGCCGGAUCGUGGGGACCAUGGCUCUGUCAACCACAAAUGGGAGGCGAUGAAGCACCAGCGACGGAGCACGACCAAGGAUCAAGUAAACAGGCACCAGUAAGAGAAUAUCGUUGUGAAUAUUGCGGGAAACAAUUCGGCAUGUCUUGGAAUCUCAAAACCCAUCUACGUGUACACACCGGAGAGAAACCGUUCGCUUGUCGUCUCUGCGUUGCUAUGUUCAAACAAAAGGCACAUUUACUGAAACAUUUGUGUUCGGUACAUCGUAACGUGAUAUCGUCAAGUGAAAACGACGGGAGAACUAACACGCCCGGACGGUUUAACUGUUGUUUCUGUCAACUUACCUUUGAAGCAUUACCGGAGCUCAUCAGACAUUUGUCGGGACCACAUAAUAGUUUGCUUCUCAGCAAAAAUUUGCACGAAUGACGGCUAGCUACCUGACGCCUGUUUGUGCGUAAUUUUGGACUUUGAAAAUAUUAUUCUCGAGCAUUCGAGAGUUCAAUUGUGAUAUGUGGUUAAGAAAGGUUAACGUUUAAGUUCUUAGUUUAAGUAAGGCGUGAUAUCGCAGAGCGAUUCGCGUUUUGAAACAUUCGUAAGAAAUUACCGCGGAUGAAUUGUUGAUGUUUAUGUAUGUAAAACUCAUUUUGUUUGCCGAAUGGGUCCAAAUUGUUAUAAUUUGUUUAAAAAUUAUAAUUUCGGGACCAACACCUUCCAAGAUAGUAUUUAUUUUGAGACACGUAUUUGCAUUAGGAUAAAUAUUAUUGUAAAAGCCACCGACACAUUAAUUCUUUAAGCAUAGAAAAUAAACAAAUUUGUCAGAGGAAAGUUGCGAAGUUUGCGUGCCUAGUGCAAUGACGUCACAUGAACUACCUCCUAAGUUAAAUCAUAAUCAUGAUGAAAGCAGUGAUGUCAUCGGUUCAAUUAUUGACUAUACUUUUGACUUUUCUAAAAGAAUAUAGUCGAUAACUCUAGUCAGAAUUGGAACUUUGAAUUUAUAGCAAGAUCCUAUGGCAUACAGUUAUAUUCACAUUGUACAUUCUGCAUGAUUUCACAAGAUAAUAUGAUUUUUUUUACAAAAUUUAAUGAUCCAGUUCCAAUAAAAACUGACUCCGUGUUUCGCAGCUUUUUAAAGACAUUACACAAUCUCAAUCGUAGGUUCUAUGAAUAUAUAUGUAAUUUCUAAAGUAGAGAGAAAAAUGUGUUCGUAAUAGAUUAACUUAUAGAACUCCUUCAUGGGUUUGUGCCGAUUAAUUGCGAUGUGAAUGAGCACCAAAGAUUUGUAAAGCCUUGAGGAUGUUUGGUGUACAAUUAAGAGAAAUUAAAGGGACCUGAAAUGAUUUUGAUUUGUUUAACUAAAUGUGUACCGAUUUUUUUUAAAUAAUCUCAUUUCCAUAGUUUUUAAUUAUUAACGUGCGUAGCAAUUUCGAUUCCACAUUCAACUAUUUUGCGCUUCGAUAUCUUCUUAUUUUUUGAUUAAUUUACUACUUUUAGUGUUUUUUUAAGAAACUUACGGCGUAAUUAUGACUUUUAAUACGCCAACCUUUAAUACUAUUUAGACUUACUUUUCGUGUUGUAUCUUUUCGAAGAUAUGUAAUGUUUUUUUUUUUUAUCGAACUCAUUACUGUGGCCAGUUAUUUUGUACUAUUACCGUAGUGAUCGCUGGAUGAUUUCUUUUGUAAUUAUUUCUUAAGGCUUAUUUUAUGAAUAUUACUUCUAAUUUGAUGCCAAAACAUUAAGAUGCAUCGUUUCUUUUCAAAUCCAGUAAAUUAUUAUAUCCCCUUUCUUAUGAAUUGGUGAACAAAUCUAGAUAUUCUUGUAAUACUCAGUUUCGUAAUCACGCAUUAUUACGUAACAUANUUUUUUUUUUUUUUUUUUUUUUUUUUUUUUUUUUUUUUUUUUUUUUUUUUUUUUUUUUUUUUUUUUUUUUAAUUUGUAACGUCGCUAUUGGCGUGAUUGGGGAACAAUUUAAUUAUAGGAAUUGUGAUUUCGCGAAUAGAACUCCUAUGUGAUAGUAUCUGUUUAUAUCUGUGGGCGAGCGUGUCGAGAACAAGGUCUUCCGUCGCGCUUUCCAAAUCUUGACUUCCUUUUAAAUAUUGUAAAUAUAUUAUUAGUUUGUAAGCUGAACUUACAUGACAAUCGACCUUGCAAUAAUUUUACAGGCAUGCCGUUAUAAAUUCUGAAGUGACAAGCUUUGAUGUUGAAAUAAUAUUUAUUUGCGAAAUAUAUUAAUGACAACUUGGUGGUUUGGUUUAACAAUUUGGUGAAAGUUCUUUUAAAGACCAUCAAUGUUUAGUCUCUCAUUCUCAGUUUUGGUUGCAUUUGCAUCAUAAAUUCAAAUUCAUUUGUGACCAAACAACAUCUUACUAUCUCUGUCGCACGCUUGGGCUUCAAUGACGUCAUAAAACAUUGUGUCUACUUAUCCGGUUUUUUUUAACUCACCCAACCUUUUUAAAACUGUUCUAACUCCUGACUUCGUAUAAGAAUGAAUUUCAGAUAUUCUUGGUAUUUCAACAUAUGUAUUUGUGUAUAUCGAAAAUAGAAACGAAUCAAUUAUUCGACUAAAUCAAGCAUGCGUCUUCAGAAUUGACUCAAUUCUAACAAAGAUACGUAACAAACGUGCCGUUUCAUCUUUAGUUGUAAGUUCGUUGUGAUAAAUCGGUGUCGCUCGAAAUAUAACGUAAUUACAUUCAAUUUAUAUAUCAAUGCAAAUAACUCAAAACCUAAGCCUAUGCUGUGUUUCUUUGACGUUUUCUGUAUAUAAAAAUUUAUUCAUUCGUUUCAUGAAAUUGUAACAGGUUUUGUUUUUUAGAUUCUUGAAAAUUAGUUACCAGAAUGAUGUAAGUCACGUAUAUAUAUGAAACUAAAUGGUGUCAAAUAUUACUAGAAUAGCUAUCGACUUUUUACAUCAGUUAUUCAUCAUCAUAAAGUAUUUGUAAUACUUUUUAUUAAGAACGAAACAGUUUCGCAAAUUUAUAGCUCUUGAAUUAAAUGUCGUGAAUUAUCUAGAACAAAAAAACCACCGAACUUUAAUUUUGAGUACACAAUCGAAGUUUUUCACGUCAUUCAAGUCUGUAUCUGUCUAAUUGAGUCUACCAUAUUCUGCCUAUUGCGUCAUUGCCAAUUAAUUAAUACUCAGCCGAAGUGAAAUACAAUGACUUUAUUAAUUCAAUGAAUCAUUAAUAUUUUCCUAACUUCGGAUAAUGGAGUCUAAUGGAAAAAUGAUAUAAAGAAUUGUUUAAUCUUUCUUUCGUCAUAAUACCAUCAGUUAUCGGAACAGAGCUUAGACUUGUUUUAAAAAUAAAAUCAUUGGAUUUAUUAAUCUCAAUAAUAUAUUUUUAAUACGCUUUUAUUAGCUUCAGACGUAAGUUAGUAUGUAACGGAAUC